UUCGAUGAGACCUAUGGGACCAAUUACAAGGACCUCGAGGCAUGGCAGCAUUUCUGUGCUGAUGUUGGGAUUGAACCAAUCCCAGAGUCUAUCAAAAAGUGCAAGAAGGCACUUAAGAAAGUCUUCAUCAACAUCUUCGACUUCAUCGCCGUCCAGAAAAGGUUGAAACCAGCGCCACCACGUCGGUUCAGGGCCGUCCAUGAACUAGCGCAUUAUUCCAUCGAGAGUAUAAAGAUCUACCCACUGGAAUUGGCGAAGAAAGAGACGUUCCACCGUGCUCUGCUUCAAGUGCUCUUCUGA